GUUGCCAUUUUUACAGAGACAAAUCCAGAUGCUUGGAAAAUAGGAGUAGAUACAGCAUUGGCAUCUGUCCUCUGCUCUGGAAUUUUCGGAUCGUUCUUGAACAAUGCUGUCCACACAUGGGUAUUACGCAUAAAGGGACCUGUCUACGUCGCAAUGUUCAAGCCACUCUCGAUUGUCAUAGCUGUAGCCAUGGGAGUCAUGUUUCUUGGUGAUUCUCUUCACCUUGGAAGUCUAAUUGGAGCAACAAUAAUAUCAAUUGGAUUUUACACAGUAAUGUGGGGUAAGGCAGCAGAAGAGGUGGAUGAAAACAUCUCAAACCCGGUGUUACCAACUACAGAGAACAAUGUUCCUCUCUUGCAAAGCUAUAAAAGUGAUUUAUCUGAAGAAAAACAUUCACUUAUAUAACUGACCAAACUACUCUUCAAAGCUCUAAGCAAUGAAAAAUAUCCCAAAAGAGAAGCCAGAAAAGAAACGGAGUAGAUGGAAGAUAGAAUCAGAAAGAACAAAUAUAGAAGCAUAUAAGGAUAAAAAAUCCCAUCAGGAACAGUUCAAUUGAAUGAGAGUAGUGUACUUACACCACAAAGCAAGGAACAUAAACCAAAAUUUCUAAAGAGAAAGCAUUCUAUCAGCAGGUGGGAGUAAUAUGAACGUGUAUUCUGAAGAUAUGAAAAGAAAGCAAGCUUGUGUGUUUGUUGUAACAUAUUUUCCAUGAUAGGUUUCCAAAAGCUUCUGUGCAGCUUAAUUUGUAUUAAGUCAGCAAAUAUUGCUAAAUAAACCAAAAAAAGAAAUUGAAAAUCAGUAAUAACCAAUGGUGCCUACUCUGAUACAGAAUGAAAGAGUGCAGAGAUACAAAAAAAAAAAAAGAGUAAGAGCAACAUUGUGUUUUUCUUUUUUAAUGGAUGCCACAAUAAAAUUUUGUAUCUUAUGUAUGGCA